AUGGAGGAAAUCCGUGCGAUUGCAGAUCUUGGCCCGACAGUAGCAGCAGAAUUGGAUGGAGACGCUGAGGUGGCAGAGAAGAAGCCAAAGAGAAGAUUUAUUGGUAGGAAGGCGGCAGAAGCGAAAGCGGCAGCAAGAGCAGAACAAAAUGGUGAUGCGGGCAUCGAAGACAGUGGAGCGAUACAAGCCGCACCUCGAAGACGUCCACCACGUGCCCUGAACAAUGUCCCGGAUGAGAUCUUGAACGAUGUAGCCAUAAAUGAAGCCAUCGCGCUUCUACCGAAGAACUACAACUUCGAGAUCCACAAGACAAUCCACCGCAUACGAACAGCAGGCGCGACCAAGAUAGCACUCCAAAUGCCCGAAGGCCUCCUCCUGUUCGCCACAACCAUCUCCGACAUCCUCACUCAAUUCUGCCCCGGCGCCAGCACCCUGAUCAUGGGCGACGUGACAUACGGCGCCUGCUGUAUAGACGACUACACAGCCCGAGCACUCGGCUGCGAUCUGCUAGUCCACUACGCCCACAGCUGCCUCAUCCCCGUCAACGUGACCUCCAUCAAAACCCUCUACGUCUUCGUCGACAUCCAAAUCGACGUCGAACACCUCCUCGCCACGAUCUCGCGGAAUUUCAAACCUGGCAGCACAAUAGCAAUGGUCGGGACCAUCCAAUUCAACGCCACGCUCCACGGCACCGCGCCCCAACUCCGUGAAGCAGGCUACAACGUCAUAAUCCCACAAAUCACCCCCCUAUCCAAAGGCGAGAUCCUGGGUUGCACAUCCCCUCACUUGACUAAAGAGCAGGAGAUAGAUUGUAUCCUCUAUCUUGGCGAUGGCCGCUUCCAUCUCGAAAGCGCGAUGAUUCAUAAUCCCUCCUUGCCGGCUUAUAGAUAUGAUCCGUAUUCCCGCCGCUUGACGAGAGAGACAUACGACCACGACACCCUACUUUCAGACCGCAGUAAAGCGCUCUCCCAGGCCAAGACGGCGAAGAAAUGGGGUCUCAUUCUCGGCUCGCUAGGUCGGCAAGGAAACCCGCAUACCAUGACCCUGAUCGAAAACCACCUGAAAGAUCUCGGUAUCCCCUGGAUCAACCUCCUACUUUCCGAGAUCUUCCCAGGCAAGUUGGCGAUGAUGAGUGAUGUGGAAUGCUGGGUGCAAGUCGCUUGUCCGAGAUUGAGUAUUGAUUGGGGGUAUGCUUUUCCCAGGCCGUUGUUGACGCCGUAUGAGGCGCUGGUGGCGUUGGGUGGGAGGCAAGGGUGGGAGAAGGGGGGUGGGGGGGAUGGCAAGUAUCCUAUGGAUUAUUAUGGGAAGGAGGGCCUUGGGAGGGUCAAGGUUGAGGAGACGGAGGUUACGAGGGUGAAGGUUGAAGGAGCGACGGUUAUGAGGGCUGUUGCUGGUGUGGCGUAG